CAGCACACCAGACUUCCCACCAUUGCAGACUCUCGAGGAUAUAGAUUUCUCGAUUUGUUUCAGAAUACUCCGUACCGUCAUUCAGAGCAACAUAAUUUUCAACCACAAUGAGGCCAACCCUUCUCCAGGGACAUGAACGGUCCCUCAAUCAGAUCAGAUACAAUCCAGAUGGCGAUUUAUUGUUUUCAGUCUCGAAAGACAAGGUCAUCUGUGCUUGGUUUACGAGUAACGGCGAGCGACUAGGAACAUACACCGGACACCAGGGUGCCAUCUGGACAGUCGAUGUGUCUCCCAACUGCGAACUUCUUGCCUCCGGAUCUGCCGAUAACACCAUCCGCUUAUGGAACGUCCGAACGGGUGAAAAUGUCAAGACGUGGGAAUUCCCCACGGCCGUCAAGAGAGUCGAGUUUAGUGAGGACGGAAAACAACUUUUGGGAGUCACAGAAAAGCGAAUGGGUUACCUGGGAACGAUCGUAGUCUACGACGUUCGAUAUGGAGACGACUUGACGGACCAGACGAAUGAGCACAGUUUGAGAAUCACCUGCGAAGACAGCAAAGCCACCGUUGCAGGCUGGAGCUACCUCGACAAAUACAUUAUCUCCGGUCAUGAAGAUGGAACUGUCACUCAGUGGGAUGCAAAGACUGGAGAAAACCUCAUGAGCGUGGAAGCCCAUGAAUACGACACUGCCAUCAACGACCUACAAUUCUCCCCUGACCGGACGUACUUUAUCACUGCGGGUAAAGACAAAACUGCCAGGAUCUUAUCGACAAGAGACUUGAGCGUUUUAAAAACAUAUGUUGCUGACACACCUCUCAACACGGCCGCCAUCACAUCCAAGAAGGACUUUGUGAUCCUCGGAGGUGGUCAAGCGGCAAUGGAUGUCACGACAACCUCUGCUCGGCAAGGCAAGUUCGAGGCUCGAUUCUACCACAAGAUUUUCGAAGACGAAAUCGGUCGUGUCAGAGGUCACUUCGGUCCCCUGAACACUAUUGCUGUUCAUCCUCAUGGCACUGCAUACGCAAGUGGUGGUGAGGACGGAUACGUACGGAUGCACGUCUUCGAUAAAUCCUACUUUGACUUUAUGUAUGAGGUGGAACGAGAACAAGCGCGAAAGUAGAGUGUUCUUGACUUGUCUAUGAUACCCAUGGUUAUUCGAUGAAUGACGACGUUUCCAUAUCAACAAGGAGUCCCAUGACCUUUCAAAUCACAAUAUUACCGACUUACAACCUUUCGAGCUCUGGUCUGCACCGCUCAGCGAAGCAUUGAGGCUGCUCGUGACAGCUUUGUUUGAUUCUCAAAGACGCGCGAAAUUCGAAGCGAAUCCCUCCAAUGGACUUUCUUCCAAAAAAUGGAUAGAGGCAUUCCAAAAGUUAAAAGACCUAUCGACAAGAUGCCCAUUGCUCCGCUCCUCUCUGUGUUGCUCGGUCUUCGCUGAGGUUGGGUUGUGUGCGCAGUUGCGACAUACGUAUGGCCGCUGUGUGGCUUUCUCUUCAACAGCCUCGGCCCAACGCACCAAUACAAAGUGCGGAAGGAAAGGGGAAGGGCGCUCUGCGCUCGAGAGCAGAAUGUCCACAGGAAUGCCGUGAUGGACAUGAACAUGGGAGAUUGCGGUUUGUGUGAGGGUCAUGGAGCAGCAGGAGUCAUAGGGUGGCGCGGAUGAUACCUGCCUUGUCGACAGGCACCAGGAAGUAAACGGAAACGAUUAGUCCUGGUCAGAGGGGUUACCUUGGACUUCCGAUAGACAAUGAAGAAGUCCUCCGAGUUCAUUCCCCAGAGAGAUAAAAAGAUACGUCUCCCAUUACACUAUUUUCACACCGGAGCACACUCGAGACAGUAUAAUCCCACUGAAAGGAUGUAAUUAAAAAAGCAGACUUUGCCAGAUGAAAUAGCGAACGACAACACUGACCGAUAUUGUGAUGGAUUGCGCAAGGUUAUUUUUGAUACACUGGCAUCUCGGC